AUGGACAUCGAUAUGGAUCUCGACCUGGGUCCGGAGCCGGAGCUCGAGCAGCCGCCCCAGCCCAUCAUUACCGAUGCGACAACACAAGAAGACCUGGUCGAUCCCCUCACCGAGGACGCUUUGUUUGAAAAAGUCCACGUUCGCGGGGUCGACGAAUUGACCACCGACGAUAUCAAGCAAUUCGCCAGCACACAUUUCACGAACGAGGCACCCACCCGUGUGGAAUGGAUCGACGAUACAUCUGCCAACAUUGUCUACUCUUCUGCCGAGGUCGGCCUCCAAGCUCUCACAGCUUUGACACAGCUCAGUGAGGAAGAGGGCGAUGGCGCGUCCACCCUGCCCCCGCUGCGUCUACGGUCGGCCAAGCUCCUCUCAACACACCCUGACUCCGUUCUCCAAGUGCGAUCCGCCGUCAAGACAGAUAAGAAGCAGCCACGCGCCCACGAGAAGAGUCGCUUCUACCUUAUGCACCCUGAACACGACCCCCGCGAACGCCUGCGCCAGGAGAUAUCUGACCGACGACGAGGUGAUGAUUCGAGCGAUGGGGACUACCGGCGACGCCGCUUCGACGAUCGGGAACUGCGCCGGCGUAGGGACCGUGACCACGAUGACCAAUUUGAUGCCAACAUGUACGACGAUCAGCCCCAGGGCGACGGCCCCUCCGAAUCCGAACGCGGCCGCGGAGAGGACCGAAGACGGCGUGGACGCAGAGAGUUGUUCCCGGAGGAUGAGCGCUCGUCUGGGCGACUUCGCAACCGCAGUGCCUCCCCUGGCCGUGACACACUUGACGAUGCAGACCAUGUCGAUACCCGCAGGAAAUUCCGGGAGCGCUCCCCACAAGACCGUCGUCGAAACCAGGGCAAAGAGCUCUUCUCCUCUGCCGACUCGGGGGCCCGUGAAUUGUUCCCCAAUAAGCCUUCCUCCAGUUACCUAAAGAAAGAGCUAUUCCCCAGCAAGCCCAGCAACCACCGGAGGUCAGAUGCCUUUGACGCCGCAGACGAGACGCCCGAUCUCCUAGGGCGAAGAAUAUCUGUACCGAUGGUUGAUGGCAGCUCCGAUCAACGAAACCGCAAUGUGGAGCUCUUCCCCGACUCGACUUCUGGGGGAAUCUCCCGUACGGAGGACCAAGGCUUUGCCAUGCGUAACGCGGGGCGCGGCAUGUCGAUCAAAGGCCGGGGAUCGUCUGUUCGCGAACUGUUCCCGAACAAGUUCAAUGACAAUGCUGGAAAGGAGCUUUUUACCGAAAAGAUUGAGGGACGCGGAGGUCGUCGCCAGCGCGCGGAGGAUUUGUUCGGCUGA